AUGUCUGGUGGGCAACAGCAUCAAGCAGUUAGUAUUCCUGUGAAUCGUGAGCAACGGUCAUUUGAGAGGCAGAGACGUGACCUGUUAACUGGCCUGGAACACGGAGGUGGUACUCAUCGUGGCAACCUAAUCGCACCGUACACGGAAGACUGGCCGAGUACUGUGGACAGCUGGAUCAACUCCUCGUGGAGGAGAUGGGAUGAAGACAUGAGACGUUUGAGACGUGGAAUGUUCGCACUAUUACCGUUGGACAACUUUACCCACGGGAUUUGGGAAAAUCCAUUCGCUUUAAUGCACCAAAUGGAUCGUCAUAUCCAGGAUAUCCGAGAGAGAAUGGGCUCAAUGGAUGUUCCGUCGACCGGUUCAGUGAGUGACUUUUUGAAGGACGCCUACGAAAUAGGUGAGGAUGGCAAGGUACAUUUCAAGGUACGAUUCGAUGCACAAGGUUUCGCUCCUCAGGACAUCAAUGUGACGUCGAGUGAGAACCGUGUGACGGUACACGCGAAGAAGGAGACGACGACCGAUGGUGGGAAGUGUAGUCGGGAGUUUUGUCGUAUGGUGCAGCUGCCGAAGAGUAUUGAUGAUAGUCAACUGAAAUGUCGCAUGACAGAUGAUGGUGUUUUGAUGUUGGAGGCUCCAGUGAAGGUUGAUCAGAACCAGUCGUUGACGCUGAACGAGUCUGGUCAGGUGGGUGUUCGACCGAAAUCGGACAAUCAGAUAAAGGCAGUUCCUGCGUCGCAAGCACUUGUUGCAAAAGGUGUUCAUGGUCUGUCGUAUGUGGAUGAUGGUUCAGGUGGCAAGCGAUUGCAUGUUGAGGUUCCAGUGGACCCAGUGUACAAGCCUGAAGACUUGUGUGUGAAUGUUGAUUCGAAUCGUGUUGUGGUUAGUGGACGUCAUCAUAAGCAGAAGAGUGAUCGAUAUGGAAAGUCAAGUUCAUUUGCAGAGUUCAGUCAGUCGUAUGCGAUUCCAGAGACAGUUGAUCCGUUAUCUGUUUCUGCUCAGGUAGUUGGCAAUACAUUGGUAUUGGAGGCGCCAUUGGAGAAGCAACAUGCAAUUACUCACUAG